GCAACCUUUCGUUUUGGAUGUGAUCACUGAUGUGGCCAAAAAGCCCCGUCUGUAAAGCGAUUCUCUGCAGGGCUUGAAACACUUAAACAACUCAAAAUAAAAGAGAGGAUUUACUUUAAGUGUAGCAAAAUGCCUGGGGAAGACGAAGUUAUGGCCAAGUUGGCAGCCGACGUUGAACUACAAGUAGGCUUACCUCCAAACACAACAGAGUGUGAAAUGUCAAAUAAAGGCCAGAAAGAAAAUGUGGGACUGAAGGAAGGACCGACAUCAGAAACUGGAACCAGGAUGACAAAAAAGUUUCUGCGCCUCCACUGCAAAAAUAAUAAGCUAUACAUCACACCAAGUCUGAAUGACACUCUCUAUCUACAUUAUAAAGGCUUCUCCGUGAUUGAGAAUCUCGAGGAGUACACAGGACUGCGAUGUUUGUGGCUCGAGGUCAACGGCAUCCACAAGAUCGAGAACCUGGAGAAUCAACAAGAUCUGCGCUGUCUGUUCUUGCAGAAUAACCUCAUUCACACACUGGAGAACCUGCAUCCUCUCAGCAAGCUGAACCACCUGAAUGUCUCCAACAAUUAUAUCAGAACCAUACAAAACCUCUCAUCUCUUGAAGAGCUGACUACUCUGCAGAUUUCCCACAAUGUGUUGGAAAGCGUGUUGGAUCUGGAACACCUCUCCCUUUGUCCAUCUAUCACUGUGCUCGACCUGUCACACAAUCGUUUGAGUGAUCCACAAAUACUUACCGUAUUGGAGAAAAUGCCAAAUCUGCGUGUGCUUAACCUCAUGGGAAACAAGAUAGUCAAAAACAUUCCUAACUAUAGAAAAACACUUAUAGUCCACUUGAAGCAGCUCACCUACCUUGAUGACAGACCAGUGUUUCCAAAAGACAGGGCCUGUGCAGAGGCCUGGGCAGCCGAGGGGAUUGAAGGUGAGAAGAGGGAGAGGGAGUUGUGGGAGACCCGUGAACGCAGGAGAAUACAAGAUAGCCUGGACUGCAUGACAGCCAUCAGAGCCAGGGCAGAAAAGGAGUGUAUAGUCAAAGAGCUGCCAUCGGGAGAUACCAAGAAAGUUGCUGACAUGAACCAAAAAGAAUUGACACCAGCAUUGAACGGUGAUGACCAGCCGGCUGCCAGGAUUCAAAUUAACCAAUCAGAUUCAGGUGACGUAGAGGAAUGUGUGAAGGACCUCUCCAGUUCAUCUGCAGCACAUCUGGGAGAUGAUGACACAUCGGCACACUGUCCCAGUCUCCAAGAUACAUCUACACUGUCCAUAAGCGAUCUUCCUGAUCUGGAGGACAGCUGUGAAGGGACAGAAAUGAUGAAGGAUGAUGCUGAUGCCCAUCCACUCAUAGAAGUCAUCUCAAGUGACGACUCUGUUGUGAUGGAUGACAACCACUGAUUAGUAAACUUGACUCAUUAGUUUACAAUCCAGUGCCACAUAUUCCAAAUGACCUGGGCUGUGUUAACCAAAAAAACAUUGAAGUACGAGGUGCCUAGGCAAUAUAUAACACAUCACUUAAAGUUUAUACAUACAAUAAUUGUAUAAGCUUACCCUUGCAUACAAUAUUUUUUUUUCUCGCACAUUCAAAUAAAAUGCUUGCGCAAAGUGCAUGUCUGAGGUAAAAUAGUGUAUGCAUAAACGUUUAGUGAUGAUGUGAGACCUAUUUCUGAUAUAUUGUCCAAGGGGCACCUCGUACUUAAGUACUGAGAAACGCAGCCCUGGUUGUGCCCGUCCAAUUCAACCAGGUUAUCAUUCAUUCAACCAGGCAAUCACCUCGGUUGAAUAGGGCAGCUACAACCAGUUCAGGUGGAAUAUGUGGCACUGAAUUGUUGCUAAUGAAUCUGGGUUACCAUGAAAGAUUGCAGCAAUCCCAUAAGCAAUGAUGACAACAAAGAAGUUGACCCAUUCUCAUCUGUAAAGUUUCUGAAUGUACAUUGAUGGACAUUAAACUCUCUGCCUGGGUGCCAGAAGAAUGGAAAUUUGUUUUAAAAAAAUGAUAAUAAAAAAAAUAAUUUUG